AUGGCAGAUAAAAAAGUUACCAUAUAUAUUAUCGACGUUGGGCCUACCAUGUGGCAAGUUGAACGUAAACCUGGCGUAACAGGACUAGAUCUCGCACGUAAAGCUGUUUUGAUAAUGCUAGAAGCGAAGGUAAUAGCCGGUCUGAAAUCCGAUGUAACUAGCCUCCUUCUAUUUGGAACAGAUGACAAAUUAAUCACAGACACAGAUAAUUACAUGAACGGUCAGGCUGGCGGCUAUGAACAUGUAACUACACUUUAUCCGAUUGAGCAGCCAAAUAUGUCAAUUCUCCGAACGGUCAACAACAACCUCCCUCACGGGAACGUUAAAGGAGAUGAAUCACCGAUAAAUAGUUCUGAUUUUGAUGCGGUAUUACGUCAAAUAAAUGAAUCAAAUGUUGAAUUAAAUAUAUUGGGUAUUGGUUUUGAUGAUCCAGAAGCAGGAUUUUUUGAAGAAAAUAAAUCAGAAGUGAAGCGACAAAGCGAAUCCUUUUUCAACAAAAUUGUAAGCAAAUGUCCACAAGCAACAAUUUUUUCGAUGGAAGAAACGUUAAAACAACUUUCAAAACCACAUAUCAGAACAGUGAGACCCGUACCUAUCUUUAAAGGUGCAUUAACUCUUAAUAAUGCCAAAAUGUCCUCUCAAAUAUCUCUUUCAAUAAAUGUUGAGAUGUACUCCCGUACAACAAAAGUACGUCCCCCCACGUUGACAAAAUAUUCAGCCCUUGCUGAGGCUUCCACCACCAUUCAUAAAAAAACGUCCGAAGUAAAUAUGUCCAGGACUUAUACUAUAUCGGUUGUUGAUAAUGACAAGAAUGAAGCAGUUGAAGUUCCACGUGAAGAAUUGAACAAGGCGUAUUCGUUAGGAAAGACGCUUAUCCCUGUUAACGAAGCAGAUGAAGAAGCCUUUACUAUGAUUACAAUUAAAUCAAUGGAAAUUGUUGGAUUUAUCAAAAGCAAUGAGUUUAAACGCGAAUAUCUCAUGUCGGCUGUUACCGCAGUCGUUCCUCAAACCAAUAACCUGACAAUGGCUCACCGUCUUUCAGCAUUAAUCCAUGCAUUAUACGAAAAAGAAACUUUCGCAAUAGUUCGUUAUGUGAAAAAGAAUGAUGACCCACCAAAAUUAGGAAUACUAAUUCCUUACAUUAGGGCGCCCAAAGAGUGUUUAUAUUUUUGUCGCAUUCCGUUUAAAGAAGAUUGCCAUCACUUUACCUUUCCAUCUUUUGAUCGCGUAAUGAGCAAAAGUGACGAAGGUAAUGUGAAAGAAUAUCUUAAGGUUAAAGAAUGCUUUAAUCCGGUUAUUGUUCAAACCAAGAAGGCAACUUGUCACAGAGCAUUAUACCCAGAUGAUCCGUUGCUUCAGCCUGACCAGGAAAUUAUUGCGCAAACACAAUUCCUUCCGUCAUUAAUUCAAAAGAAUUUAUAUCUAGCGAACGAUAUGCGGACAUUGUUUAACAUUAAAAAAGUUAAUAAAGAGAAAGGAAAGACUGGGAAACGUCGGUUUGCUGAUGCAAACAAACCUAGUAGCCAAGAACUUAGUCUUGAGGAGAUUUUGAACAAACCGGAAGAACACAAAAAUGGAAAAAGAGUCAAAUCUGGCGAUGGUAAUAUUACAGAUGCAUUAAUUCAACAUGGAGUUAUUCGGGAGAUGUCUGUGACCAUACUACACUUUGUCAAAACAUCGUUUGCCGAAGGAUUGUAUCCAAAAGCAUUAGAUUGCCUUAAGAUACUAAGACAGGCGUGUGCGAAGGAAAAUGAAACAUCGAAGUUCAAUGAUUUCCUCAAAGAAUUGAAGUCCACAUGCUUUGAAGCACAACCCUCUAAAACCGAUUUUUGGGAUUUGAUUGUCCGUGAGAAAAUAACUUUAAUAAGUCGUGAUGAAGCGUCAGAUAGUACUGUGUCAAUUCAGGAAGCCGAAGAAUUUCUUCGACCCUUUGAAAAGAAAUCGAACACUGAUACACUGGACGAGGAUGCAGUGGCUACUGAUGAUUUGUUUAAAUUGAUGGAAGAUUAG